AAGGACUCCAGCAAAUCGAGCACGUGAAGGAAUGUACCAAACGGCUGCAACUCACAAACAUCAUGGAGAUACAGUCAUUUAUAUUCAUGAUUCACCAUCAGACCAAAAUCAACAGAACUGCAUGAAUAAUAAGACCUUCAAACAUUCAAGUGAUGCUGAAAACAAAUGUAUAAAUACAAUUCAAACAACUAGGACGACGGAGUGCGACUUCUUUAAUGAUACAGAGAACAGACAAACAGUGGAAUCGAACAGCAGCAAGCAAGAUAAAACAGACGAUUGUAUCGAUGCCACAUAUUACGAAGAACCGAAUAAUAGGUCAAUACUUACUUGGACAAAUGCCACGCGCAUGCCAACAUCGACAAAAUUCAAGUAUACACAUUGCUCGAGUAGUAAUCGAUCAAUUUUGUAUAACAACCAACAAAUAUACACAGAAAGUGACGCAACAUCAUCGGCCGACAGUAUAUCGCAAAUGGUCAACCAAAAGUGCUGCUAUUCUCCAUAUUCUAAGACGAUUUCCCCAACAGACUACAAACUACUGAACGUCGCUAGCUUCAUGGACAACGAUAGAACCUCUCUGGUGGAGUUAACGAACCAGAUUUAUGUACACCCUGGUUUUCCCUCUAGUGACAGUUCGGAACUUGCGUCUUCCCCAAAACUACAGCUAUCCAGGAUGGAAUGCGAUUUAUUAAGCCACGCUAGUUAUGUCCUGUGUCCAAAUUCAGGGGCUGCUCAUAAAGGGUGUCACUCACACCACUGCUAUGUUGAUAUGGAGCAUUAAUAUCGGUGUGUAGCUGAUUUUUUGAGAUUCGAAGUGAACAAAUUAUUAGAUGGAGCUGACAAUUUUAUUUUAACAUGCCAGCGUUAAAACUGCGUGUCAUUUUUGUUGGUACCAAAGUAACUCGCCAUCGAAAUACCAUCAGAAGCCGGUUGAAAACAAUGUCGUCAUCUUUGACAUUUCUGCAAUUUCUUCCCUUCUUAAUUUUCUCCACUGCAAACAGCUGGAAAAGACAGAAGACAAGAAGUGUUUUAGAAGUAGGCAUGUUCUGGUCUACAAUGUAAUUCUGAACUUCUAAGUAUUCUUUUGGAUAAAAUGGGAGAAAUAAAAAAGGAUAAAUGUAGCUUGCAUCGUUUAUGCGACGAGGAGCGUAAAUACCUUACCUAAAUAUCAUGAAUUACAAUUCACACAAGGCAAGGUGUGUCCGAUUCUGGCCAAUCAGAACAGAGUAUUCACAUAAUGAACAGCGUGUGAAAUAUCAAUAACACACGCAAGGUCAAAACAUGUAGCUAAACAGUUGUCAUAGUGAGUGAGGAAUGGACUUUUCACAUUGGAUUUCAUGACUUGCCAACUUGACCUUUGUGAAAAAUGUAAUUGAAA